AGAUUUUAAAGGUGAUGGCCAGGCUGCUUCGUUGCCUUGCUCCUCCUCCUCUAAUGUAUAACUAGUAGAAAGCUGAAGAAAGGCUGGCCAGCUGCAUGUGCCACACUCACCACAGGACUUGGAAUUAAGAGGAGGACUCUUAACCGAUAAAAUGACAGAAGAUAAGAAAAAGAAAAGAUGGAAACCAAAGAGCCAGUUUAAGAUCACCGGGACCUUGAUUUUCACUGUCUUCACUGCUGCACUGGGUUCCUUCCAGUUUGGAUAUGACAUUGGUGUGAUCAAUGCACCUCAAGAGGUAAUAAUAUCCCAUUAUGAAUACAUUUUGGGUAUUCCACUGAAUGACCGAAAAGCUAUCAACAACUAUACUAUCAACAGUACAAAGGAACUGCCCACAGUCCCAUUCCUAGGAGAUUCAAUAACAACACCUUUGGUGGAGGAAGAGACUACAGCAUCUACUAGCCUCGUCACCAUGCUCUGGUCCUUGUCUGUGUCUAGCUUUGCAGUUGGUGGAAUGAUUGCAUCAUUUUUUGGUGGGUGGCUAGGGGAUCGGCUUGGAAGAAUCAAAGCCAUGUUGGUAGCAAACAUUCUCUCAUUAGUUGGAGCUCUCUUGAUGGGGUUUUCAAAACUGGGACCAUCUCACAUUCUUAUAAUUUCAGGAAGAAGCAUAUCAGGACUCUACUGUGGACUAAUUUCAGGCUUGGUUCCAAUGUACAUUGGUGAAAUUGCUCCAACCACACUCAGGGGUGCUCUUGGCACACUUCACCAGCUGGCCAUUGUCACGGGCAUUCUUAUUAGUCAGAUUGUUGGACUCAACUUUAUCCUGGGCAAUCAUGAGCGGUGGCAUAUCCUGCUUGGUUUGUCUGCUGUGAGAGCCAUCAUCCAGUCUCUGCUGCUCUUCUUCUGUCCAGAAAGCCCCAGGUACCUUUACAUCAAGUUGGAUGAAGAAGUCAAAGCAAAGAAAAGCCUGAAAAGACUCAGAGGAGGUAUUGAUGUCACCAAAGACAUCAAUGAGAUGAGAAAGGAAAAAGAAGAAGCAUCCAGUGAACAGAAAGUCUCCAUAAUUCAGCUCUUCACCAACUCUAGCUACCGACAGCCUAUUCUAGUUGCACUGAUGCUGCAUGUGGCUCAGCAAUUUUCUGGAAUCAAUGGGAUCUUUUACUACUCAACCAGCAUUUUUCAGACAGCUGGAAUCAGCCAACCUGUUUAUGCAACCAUUGGAGUUGGUGCCAUCAACAUGGUUUUCACUGCUCUUUCUGUAUUCCUUGUGGAGAAGGCAGGGCGACGCUCUCUGUUUCUAAUAGGAAUGAGUGGGAUGUUUGUCUGUGCCAUCUUCAUGUCUGUGGGACUUAUAUUACUGGAUAAACUGGCGUGGAUGAGUUAUGUAAGCAUGGUAGCCAUCUUCCUCUUUGUCAGUUUCUUCGAGAUUGGGCCUGGCCCCAUCCCCUGGUUCAUGGUGGCAGAGUUCUUCAGUCAAGGACCCCGGCCUGCUGCUUUAGCAAUAGCUGCAUUUAGCAACUGGACCUGCAAUUUCAUUGUAGCUCUGUGUUUCCAGUACAUUGCGAACUUCUGUGGACCUUAUGUGUUUUUCCUCUUUGCUGGAGUGGUCCUGGCCUUUACUCUGUUUACAUUUUUCAAAGUCCCAGAAACCAAAGGAAAGUCCUUCGAGGAAAUCGCAGCAGAAUUCCGAAAGAAGAGUAGCUCGGCCCAAGCGCCCAAAGCUGCUGUGGAAAUGGAAUUCCUUGGAGCUACAGAGACUGUGUAAAGAUAACCUGCUUUUUUGACAAGAACAGAAACAGGAAGGAAGUUGUGUGUUUUUAAUUGACGAUUCUUUGAGAAUUUUAUAUCUACGUCUUGAAGUAUUAUUUUAUUUUUUAGAGAGUUUUUAUGGGCUUUUCUCAGAAAUGUCAUCCAAAAUUACCAAAGAAAGUAUUUUUUUAAGUUAGAGCAUCUAUUUUUGAUAGUAAGACUCUGUAAUUAAGUAAACCAAAAAGUCUAGCUCAAUUUACUAUACCAAAGGGCAAGUACAUUGUAAUGUUCCUAGCUCUAUUCUUUAUAAUGAGGUUCUCCUGAAAUGGAAGCAGUGUCAAUGUAUCAUGUUAUUGCUUCAUUAAGCAUGUGACUGGAAACCUGGAGCUGCAGCUCAUUUACAUAUUUGAAUAUGAUUAUGUUGGCAUUUUCUUACCCACAGACCUCAUACUAAAGGAGCUUUGGCUAGUGGUAAUAAAAGGUCCAUGUUAAAAUUGAUAUUUUUCUAUUGCUCCCAUUCAGCUUUUUUCUUGUCUUAGAAUUUAUAUUUUGUUUAAAAUUUUUUUUCUGUAUUUUCACAUGGAAUGGUUUAUUGAGUAUAUUAAGAUAUGUUUAUAAAAAAAACUUUUAUUUUUGGUAGGCUUACCAAAACUUUUGGUACUCAGAAAAAAAAAAAUUAGUUCCUUUGCUUGAUAACCAAAUGAUUUUUAUAAGAUUAAACACUGAAAAGAUUUUACCGUUCAUAUAGCCUGGGUUAUCAGUUAAUAUUCGUAUCUGUUAUAAACCUAUGUUAAUUCCUUGCUAGUUCAGUCCUUUGAGCUCUAUUUUGGUUUGCUUUUAAAUUGAGCACAGCCUGGUUUUCUCAGCUGUAUUUUUUAUAAAGUACAUUCAAACAGUGAUUAAAGUGGACAUUUUUAUAUCUCCUCAAACCCUAAAUAAGUUAGAGCAGUCUAAUGGAAAUUUGAAAUAAAGGAUUGCUGUUUGUUAAAACAUAUUUUCUGUAUUUAUGUUUGAAGACAAGUUGAAAGAGUAGGAUUGCAGGAAUCCUAAAGGUUUGGCUCCUGAAACUUCAUGAAUGCUCAGUUUCAGACUUUAUCAAAAUCCCUAUUUACUUUUAUGGUUAGAUAGUCAUCCCCUUUGACGUUCCUUCUUUGUCACAGCAGUAUACAGAUGCUAUCUAAGCCAUUCUAUUGCUAUUGCUAACAUUUCCUGUGUACUAUCUAUGUGCCAGGCACUGUUCUAAGUGCUUUUACCUCUGUAGGCAAAUUGGAAAUGCACAGAUGAUUAAACAGACUUUCACUUAUAGUCAAUUUUACAACCAUGGAAAUACAUUUCUGAUGGAUACCAAAGGCUUAGCAGGGAGCUAAAGUAUCUCCAGGCUGUUUUCCCCACAAAGUGGAGCACUGAGUCAAUCCUUUUCAUGUUUGCUUUAAUGUGCAUGAAAGAAAGGCACUUUUUUAAAAGUACUUUUUAUGAGUGGAGGGGAAAAAAUGCUUAACAUUUGUUUUUGUUUUUUUUCCCUAGAGUUGUUUACCUUUAUAUAAUUUGGCAGUCCAGACAACAUAAAAUUAUUUCUUUUCACUUUGCUUUUUAUUCCCUUUGGACCAAUUUGGAAUAAAUUAUUUUUACUUAGGACUUCAGGACACAGUUAAAGUGAGCUUAAAUAGUUCAAAAGACUUUUGUGCUAGCUUGUGAACUCUAGAAAAAUUGUGGGGACUCUGAAUUGGGCAAGAGCAGGAGAAUGGCUCCUGUGUGGCUCUUGUCCUCUUCUUUAGGAUGCUGGUGGUCUUUGAGAAGCCCAAAGUUACAAUGAUAAAGAAGUUUAACAUUUUUAUAGGUGAUGAAUGUGAUUUAAUCAAAUUGCUAUUCCUGAUCUCAUUUACUAAGAAAAUAAAGUAGUAAAUGUUUAAAUAAAGAACCCAAAAGACCACUUUUAAGUUCUAA